ACCGGCCCCACAUCAAGAUUUUCUUCCAGAACAUUUUUUUGGCCUUUUUCUGUUGUUGUUCUGAAGACAUUUUUGCAAACUCGUCCACCAAAGGUUCUCUAUUCAUCCCCCGUGGUGAAAUACCCACCCAGCAUCCUCAGCCAGACCGGGAAUACUGCAGCAUGGGACUCAGUUGCUUCAAGUCCUGGAAACUUGACAGUAGAGGUCACAAAAAAGGCAAUAGAGAUGUACUGGCCAGUCCAGGUUCCUAUUUCUUCCUAUCCAAUAGUGCUGGUCAGGGCGAUGAGUGGUUGAAGAGCCUCAACAAAGGAGUCUGGAUCCCUUUUACAGGUGUUUUUGGCCAGCGGUUGGAGGAAACAGUUCUGUAUGAGCGGCGUUACGGACUAUGUUUGGUUCCCUUGGUGGUGGAGCAGUGUGUGACUUUCAUUCGGGAACGUGGUCUGAGUGAGGUGGGCUUGUUUCGCCAGCCUGGACGAACCAGUUUGGUCAAAGAACUGCAAGAGGCUUUUGAUUCUGGGGAGAGACCAACCUUUGACGGCAGUACAGACGUUCACACAGUGGCAUCACUACUGAAGCUCUACCUCAGACAACUCCCAGAGCCUCUGGUCCCUUACAGCAGCUAUCAGGACUUUCUACUCUGUGGAAGGAAGCUGUCAAGUGACCGUACGCUGGGUCUUGGGGAGCUCAGGAAUCUUCUUCAAGAGCUGCCAGUAGCUAAUUUUAAUCUGCUCAAAUUUAUCUGCCAGUUUCUGAAUGAGGUCCAGAGUUACUCCAACACUAACAGGAUGAGUGUCCAGAACUUGGCCACUGUGUUUGGGCCGAACAUCCUUCGAGCUAAAGCUGAGGACCCGCAAAGCAUCGUGGGAGGUGCAGCACUGGUCCAGGUGCUUAUGUUAGAGCUGAUAAGAGAACAUGAGUCUCUUUUUGCAAAAGUCUCUCCAGCCAUUUUUGACCAUCCACUGGGAGGUUUAAAUGCAUCUUCUAGCCCUCUGCAAUGGCCUCGUCUCCAGCCAUCUUCUUGCCCUCGCCAGUUGUCUUUGCCGAUCAUUUCAGACGGCUCUAAGGAGCCACAAACGAAUGAGGACGACAGCUCCAUCCUCUCUGUUGUCCAGUCAAAUUUGUCGUACAGCCAGAAGAGGCAUUUUGGCCACCGCUACACCUCCUCCCACCCGGAGAACUGCCUCUUCCCCUCGCCAUCGUCCAGCCGGACCGCCCGCCACCACUCUGACCGGCUGGACGUGGAGUGCUACCAGCGUCCUGCGGCCUGCGGCGAGUGUCCGGCAGAUGCUCCGGCGUCCGGAGUCAGCGUCCAGCCACGCAACCAACGGCCGGACGAGUCAACGUCGCCCACGCUUUCAGGGUGGUCAAAAGUUUGGCCUGUCCAGAACGAGGAGGCCUCCUGUUUCUGGGGUGGUGCGGACGAACAGAACGCCGUCCAGAGGACGGUCAGCGCGGGCAGCAGCGGGACUCAGGAGGACAGCACCCUCUCUGCUUACGACAAUCUUAAAGGAGCAACUCCUCAUCAGAAGAGGAAGAAAGCUAAGAAUGCGUCUGGUCAAGAUUCUGGAUCAAACCCUCAGGAAGGCCUGAUGGCGUCUUCUGAAGUGGAGGUGGUGCAAGCGGAUGUAGGGCCGACAAGACGUUCCUCCUCCUCAUGGUCAUCCUGCGAGGUUCUGCCACUGGACGAGAUUGACCAGGAUUCCCUGGUCACUGAACUGGACAUCUUACCGAAGACAGCGCAGAAAAGGGUCGUUCACGAGGGAGAAAGCAAAGACGACGGCCAGGACCGCGUGACUCAUCAGAACUCCCCGGCGUCCUGCUCUGUGGUCAGUGACAGCACCCUGAGCACCGGCAGCUCCGAGGUCUUCCUUCCCUCCGGUCCUCCAGACCCCCAGGGGUCGGACACUCAAACCGAGCCGAAGGACGCUGGCUUGCUGAUCGCCGAGCUGCGGCAGCAAAUGACCCAACAGAGGACGGAAUACCAGAGCAAGAUAGAGAGGCAGGUGGCGGUCCUACGACUCAGCCUGGAGCAGCAGAGGCGGAGUCAGAACGUCACCGAGACGAAGAUCCGCAACAUGGAGAAAGUCAAAGCCGACGCCGACCAGCGGAACUCCGCCCUGCAGCGGGAGAUGGAGAGCUUCUUCAGAAUGUACGGGCAGAUCAGGAGAAGAGAGGAGGACCAGGGGAGGAAAGGGAGAGGCAGCAUAUGA